AUGAGCUUCAGAACCUCCCGAGCCGCUUUCCGUCCCCUGACCGCCCUCCGCUCUUAUUCUUCCGUGCAAGAGAAACCCUCACUAAAACUCGUCGCUGAGCUCCGCAAGCGCACAGAGGUUUCCAUUACUAAAGCACGCGAAGCACUCAGUGCGACGAACAACGACAUCAAUGCCGCUUUAGAGUGGUUGCAAAAGGACCUUGCGGUCUCUGGCGCGAAGAAGGCAGCUAAGGUUGAGGGGCGGGCUACUGGGGAAGGUCUGGUUGGCAUCUCGGUGCUGUCGGGUGGGACGAGUGCUCAGAACUCUGCCAGCGGGAGCGUGCGGGCUGCCAUGAUCGAGCUCAACUGCGAAACAGACUUCGUGGCGAGAAAUGAGCUGUUCGGACGGCUUGUAGCAGAUAUUGCGCAUACUGCUGCGUUCAUCUCCGAGCCAGACGAACGGUCCCCCUCAUUGCUCAGGCCGUGUUCGUUGGACUUGUUGAACGACGCGCCGUUGAUUUCACAAAACCCCGGAGGUUCGCCGUCGCAGGCGACAGUGGCGACAGCCAUUCGCGAUACCAUUGCGAAACUGGGAGAAAAAAUCUUACUGAAAAGGGCGAUUGCCGUCACGCAUAAUCCGCUGCCCCGUACUCAGCAAUCCCUUGCACUUCGUCUCGCUUCAUACACACAUGGAGGCGUCAACCUUCCUUCACAAGGUCGAAUAGGCUCCUUGGCACUACUGGCUCUCCGAUCUCCGCGUCUUCUUACCCUUCUGACCACCAGCGCAUUCCAAGAUGAUUUAGACAGGCUCGAGCGCUCAUUAGCACGGCAAAUCGUUGGGUUCCCAACUCUCUCCAUUCGUUCGCCAACUGGGACAAAGAACGAGACGGCUUUAUAUGAUCAACCGUUCAUGAUGCUGGCAGGGGGUUCAGCGGAGGACACUGUCAAAACUGUAUUGGAACGAUGGGCGCGCGAGAGACAGUUGGUUGUGGAGGGAGAGGAGGAUGGCGGCUUAGAGGUCCUCGAAAUCGCCAAGUGGACUGUUGGGGAGAGUUCGUAG